CGGGGAGGAGGGGCAGCUGCACGAUGUGGAUCUCAAUUUUAGCAACUUUGCCGAGCUGUGCCGCCUGUGUGGCAUACACCAUGGACCCACCAAGCUGCAUAUCUUUGAGCCGCAGGCGGAACAGCGCCAAUUGCUCUACAAGCUGCGCAGUCUGCUGCAGGCGAGUAUAACCAAGGACGACUAUCUGCCAAAGCACAUAUGUGAGCAGUGCCUCGACCGCUUGGAACACUUGUACGAAUGGCGCCAGCUUUGCGUGCGCAACGAGCAUAUACUGCGUAACUAUGCCGCCUCUAUGCAGGCCGUCCGGGCCACCAUAGACUUUCAGGACGGCACCGUUAACAUGGACAAGAUGACGGUGGCCCAGAAGAAUGCAUAUCUGGAGGCGCACAUGGCCGUGCAACAGCAAAUGGCUCAGGCGGCGAUCCAAUUCAAGCAGCAGCAACAGAGCUCUGUGCAGCAGAGCUCGCCCACGGCCAACAACAACAACAACAGCCAGAACAAUGGCAACAUGCAGCAGCAACAGCAGCAGCAGCAGCAACAGCAGCAACAACAGCAACAGCAGCAGCAGCAGCAACAACAACAACAGCAACAGCAGCAACAUUAUGCGGCCACCAUUAAAGUGCCACAGAUCAGUUCCUCCAGCUCAGCGGGUGGCGCUGCUGGCGCCGCUGGCGACAGCACUUUUACGGUGCCCGACGACGGCAUGGGUUUCGAGGGUGGAGUGCGUGUGCUGCAGAGCCUGGGUAGCUGGUCAGCGGCGGAACAGCUCACCUACAACAUACCGAAACCGAAUCUGAUACCCUUCACUGAGCCAUAUGUGGAGGGUGGCUCGAUGCAUCCGGCCAGUCGGCUCAAGGCGCUGCAACAGGUGCAGCAAGCCUCCUCCGGCGUGCGCAAAACAAAUCCAUCAAAAACAACCAAUAAGGCGUUCGAGUGCACCGUCUGUGGAAAGGGGCUGGCGCGCAAGGACAAGCUGACCAUACACAUGCGUAUCCACACCGGCGAGAAGCCCUAUAUUUGUGAAGUGUGCAAUAAGGCCUUCGCUCGCCGGGACAAGCUCGUCAUCCAUAUGAACAAGUUCAAGCACGUGACGCCCACAAAUAUCGCACCGCUCGGUAAGCGGCUAAACAAUAUGGUUAAGAAGAAGGAGCAACCGGAUCCGCCGCCGGAAGACAACAAGCAGAGCCUGGAGCUGCAGCUGCAGCAACAGGCUGUGCAGGUAGCCGCCCAGAAUAUCAUUGUGCAGUCAGCGCAGGGGGCGCCGACAGCGAUUCCAGGCAUCAUCAUACCACAUCACCAGCAGCAGUUAUCGUGGACGUGCGAGCUGUGUGGGCGCAUGUUCUCGAGCAGGGACGAGUGGUCCAUUCAUGCCAAGAGUCAUCUGGAGGAACGGUUAGUCGUAGAGUCCACAAAACCAGCAGCCGCCAUCGCUAAGAGCAACGGCAACAACAACAACAACAACAGCAGCAGCAACAACAACAGCAAUAAUCGCGGCUAUCAAAUUGAUGCGAACCGAAACCAAAUACUUAACAACAGCCAGCAAAUGGAGGCACAUGCACGUAACCAGAAGAUAAUCAUACAAAAUCAGAUGAUCCUCAAUGCCAACCAUCAGCAACAGCAGCAGCAGCCACAGCAGCAACAACAUGUAGCUAGCGGCAAGAAAGCGGCCAGAAAACAUCAUCAACAACAGCAGCAGCAACAGCAGCAGCAACAGCAACAGCAGCAGCAACAAGCUCAGACCAGCGCGCCAAUGUACAAUAAUAAUAAUAACAGCAGCAGCAAUAGCAACAACAACAAUAGCAGCAGCAACAACAACAUCAGCAACAGCGUGUCAGUGCCCGUCUCGCACAUCAUUGCCAACUCCCCAACAGCGGCCACUUACAUGCAGGCCCAAUUGACUGGUCUACACGCCGGCAACACCAUCGGCGUCAAUGUUGCCGAUGCUGCCGGCAACAUGAACGUGCCGAUCGUCACCUACAACGGCAAUCAGUAUUGUGUUAUAACCCGUGCACCGGAGUCCGAUGGGAUUGCCAUGCAGAAGCAGCUCGAAUAUGGCCAGGCCACCACAGCCAACAUAAUUGUAAUGUCGCCGAUGCUGCCCCCGCAACAGCAACAACAACAGCAGCAGCAGCAGCAACAGUAAACGAGUCCCGCCAUGAUUUGUUCAUUAAGUACUACGAAAAUGAUGCGGAAAAUUUAAGUAAG